CGGCUCUUGACGCGCGGUCAGCGCCGCCCUCGUUCCUGUCUUGUCCAUACAUCCCUCAUGAGUACAUAUUCCGGCGAGCCGCCCGCCUCAGCCGAUCCAACACAGCACCUCUCCAGAACAGCACCAGCCCGCAAACCCCGCAAACCCCAGCAACAUGGUCGGCCUCAACUUGAACAAGAAUUUCAAGAAAUUCAAGAAUCUCACCGCCGAGACCCUGGCCAACACCAAGGCCAUCCUGCGAGUCAAGAGCGUCCAGAGACCCAAGGGCGUGCUCGUUGCCACCGAGAGCUUCAAAACUGCCGUCGAAAGCUGCAAGCAGCAGGUCGACGCCAUCUCGCGUAAAUGCCGCUCCAUCAACCGCCGUUUUGUCGAUGAGGACUUUGAUGUCACCACUCUUGCCGAUGUCUCUCUUCGUCUCCUCGCUGAGCUUGAUUCGCCUCUGCCCGAAUCCUUCGGGCGGAUCAAGGAGGUCUUCGAGAAGCCCGUAUUCAUCGACGGUGUCGACUACGACGACAUUGGUCAGGGCUCGCUCGGCGAUUGCUGGUUCAUGGCCGCGCUCGCCUCCACUGCCAUGAUCCCCGAACAUCUCGCCCGUCUCUGUGUCGCCAGAGACGAGCAGGUCGGCGUCUACGGAUUCGUCUUCUUCCACGACGGCGAGUGGGAGCCCGUCAUCAUCGACGAUCGUCUCUUCAUCAGCAAGCCUGAUUGGGAGUCUGUCGAGCCUGAGAAGCGUGCCGACUACAAGAACGAGACCACAUAUCGCCGGCUCUUCCAGACCGGUUCGGAUGCUCUCUACUAUGCCAAAUCAACCAACCAAAACGAGACCUGGUUGCCCUUGAUGGAAAAAGCCUAUGCCAAGAUCCACGGUGACUACCAGUCUCUCAGUGGCGGCCUGACCGGUGAGGCCAUCGAGGAUCUCACUGGCGGCAUCUCCUUUGUGACCCGUCUCAACGACAUCCUCGACACUGAUCUUUACUGGAAGGACGAGUUCUCUCACGCCAACCGUGACCGGCUCUUCAGCGCCUACAUCAUGAAGUGGUCGUCUGGAUUCGAAUCGGUUUCGCCAAACGGCCUCGUUCAUACCCAUGCCUACACUGUCGUUCGCACGGUCGAAGCCAAGGGCCGUCGCUUCCUGAUGCUUAGAAACCCUUGGGGCAAGACGGAGUGGAAUGGCCGCUGGUCCGAUGGCAGCCCUGAAUGGACCGCCGAGUGGAUCACCAUCCUUGGGCACAAGUUUGGAGACGACGGUGCUUUCUGGAUGGAAUACGACGACUUUUUGCGAGAGUUCACCCACGUCGAUCGCACCCGUCUCUUUGACGGCUCGUGGUUCCUUGACCAGCAGUGGCUGCAGCUGCAGACCGAGUGGCCUGCCGUGUGGAGCGAAUCCGUCUUCGGGUUCGAGCAGAGCACCAGCGGUCCUGCGGUCGUUGUGCUCUCGCAGCUCGACACUCGCUACUUCCAAGACUUCCAGGGCACCUUCGACUUUGAUCUGCAGUUCCAGGUCUACCAGGUCAAUGACAAUGGAGAGCGCGAGCUCUUGGACCAAUCGCAGUCCUCGAGCGUGUCCAAGCGCUCGGUUUCGAUCGAGUUUGCCAAUCUCGAGGCUGGCACCUACCAGAUCGACACCAAGAUCAUUCGUGUCAACAACGGCGGCCCCACUGUCGAGCAGGUUAUUUCUGAGGCCGGCAGUGAGAGACCCAAGAAGCUCCUGAACACCAUCGAGCGAUUCAACCAGGUUCGCUCCAGGGCCGUCAACAUCGACGAGACCGAUGGCCAGAACGCGACCAUCAUGGCCAAGAUCACCCAGUCGACCCCCGAGGAGAUCACGAAGCUCAUGACCAACCUCGCUGCCGUGCGAGUGUCUGUCAGCAGGGCCAGAGGCGGCGUCCGGGCACAGGCUACCGAUAGCGCCGACGACGAUGGUGACAAGGACGAAGAUGGCGACAAGAAGGAAGACGGCGAAGACCAGGAUCAGGCCGACGGGCAGGAAGACGGGGCCGACGGCGAAGCCCCCAACAUCAAGUUCUCGGACGGCAAGGUCAUUGUCGGCUUCCGUGUGUACUCAAAGGAUGCCGGUACCAAGAUCAAGCCCUACACCCCUCCCACCGCCAACGAUGCCGCGGACGAUGACAACGAUGACGAUUAUGAGGACAUUGACGAUGACGGCGAAAUCGCCGCUGCUGCUGAAGACGAUUGAGCGUCCGCCGACACCGAUGCGAUUCAGG